AUGGAUUGGAUACAUUGUAACAAUUGUUUUACUCAAUUAGAACCUGGAGUAACUUUGCACCUGACAUCAUGUGGUCAUAUGUUUUGCAACAACUGCUUGAACAAUGGCGUAAAAGAAAGUACAUGUUUAGUAUGCAGAGCACCAUGUUCUAUGAUGAAAUUAGUUCCCGACAUGAAUCCAGAUAUUCAAGAUUAUUUUACGGACCCGGAAGAAAUAAUUAAGAAAAGUUGUGAUGUAAUACAAUUUCAACGGCAACAUAGACGGCGCUUAUUGUCAUAUUUAUUACAAUCGACAAAAAAAUUCCGCGCAGCGCGAUCGGAGCUACGGCGUAUGACGGAAGUGUGUCAGACACAACACAAACAACUGCGCGAGUAUCAAAGGAUCAUAAAGAAUUUACAAAGCCAGCUUGAUGGACAGUCAAAACAAACGCCACCAUUCAACGUGCCUAUUUCGCCUAGUAAUUUAUCCCCUGGUUUUAUUCAAACACCACCUACAUACAAGCGACCCGCAAAGAGCACUCCUUAUAGCCAACCGUAUCAGUCGAACUUGGUGACCCCUACUCGGAUAAGCAAACAGCGUUCAAGCAACUUCAGUGUGAAUAGUCAGUCCUCGAGUGCUUCGAACAAAAUAUCGACAACAGUGUUCACGCCUCCAACUCCUGAGUCGGUCGGAGAUAUUUUAAGCCAGAACAGCAAUGAAUCCGGAUAUUUGUCUGGACUUAAAUCGCCAAGAGUUUUAUACUGCAAUGGUGUUAGCAACAAGUGCGCGUUUAAGAAACAUGGGCGUUUCAAUUUUUAG